CGUAGUUCCAUGCUAACAGCAACCGCGAAAAGGAGGUGUAAACGGCCACGCCGUGGCUUCCGUAAGCACCAGGUUGCCAUGUACCAGUGCUCAUCUAGUCAAACACGAGGACGUCUGAUUCCACAUCGAUUUGUGCUCUACUCCUGUUCUGUUCGCUACAUAUACACCUCCGACGAAGCUCGACGCUGCAAGGUUCCAACUCCCAGGUAGGAGGAGGAGGUCACCACCCAACCCGACUCCGACACGUCACUCAUGGAAGCCUCGACGGCAGAGGCGGCGCCGGCGAAGACCGUGCUGAGGGUGGCGGCGAUCUCCGGCUCGCUCCGCAGGGCGUCGGCCAACACCGGCCUCAUCCGCGCCGCCGCGGAGAUUUGCAAGGAGUCCAUCCCGGGGAUGCAGGUCGACCACGUCGACAUCUCCGAGCUGCCGCUGCUCAACACCGACCUCGAGGUCGACGGCGGCUUCCCGCCGGCCGUCGAGGCGUUCCGCGCCAACAUCCGCGCCGCCGACUGCUUCCUCUUCGCCUCGCCCGAGUACAACUACUCCAUUUCAGGCCCUCUGAAGAACGCGCUGGACUGGGGGUCGCGGCCGCCGAACUGCUGGGGAGACCGAGCGGCGGCGAUCCUGAGCGCGUCGGGCGGGUCCGGCGGCAGUCGGUCGCAGUACCACAUCCGGCAGGUCGGGGUGUUUCUCGACAUCCAUUUCAUCAACAAGCCAGAGAUCUUCACCAGAGCACACAUGCCCCCGAAGAAGUUCGACGACGACGGCAACCUGAUCGAUCCGGAGACCAAGGAGCACCUUAGGAAGAUGCUCCUGUCGCUGCAAGCUUUAGCGCUGAGGCUCCAGGGGAAGCCUGCAAGCUCUGAACAGGGGAAUGGGGAAUCGAUGCUUCCAUUUAUGUCUUGAGAUGAAUAGCACUCAAAAUGUCAAAGUGAUCUGUGCUAGUGCACGCUCGAAUUGAUGUCUUGAAUAACUUUGUGGCACCGAACAUUCCGGUGGCAAUAAUGCAGAACAACAUUUAUCAUCUUGCCGUUA